AUGUAUAAUGAACACAUUGAGACAGGCUUUUAAUGCGGCUCUUCAUCACAACAAACUACACAUCAUCUGUGAAACCUGCCCCAUGCACAAACUACAUAAGUUCUGCCAAGAAGUAGAAGGUCUAAAUGAAGAGCUGGUUUGGACUCGCCUUCAGCAACAAAUAUCAGCCUUGGGAGUGUCUUCUUCAAAUACGUUUGCACUGCAGAUGAGAAAUUGUCAAGUUUCAAGCCAGCAGGAGCAGAACCACCUUGCCAUGAUGUUUCUAAUGAAAGUGUGUGAGCAACAACAACAGAACCAUACUCAUAUUAGUGAUGAAAUCAAACAAAAGGAAGUAUACAAGUCAGAUUCCAAUAGACCAACCACAUCCAAGCUGGAAUCUUUGAAGAAAGCCAAGAAGUCUUUGACUAGUUCCUUUGAGAACCUCCUAACUAGAAACAAACAUCGAAGUAGUCCUGGUCCUGACAGGCUUGUCCUACAAAAUGGGAGAGAGGAUUCACCUACUGGUUCCCCGUGCGCCACCCCACCCCCACUACCCAACCUUGUAUCACCCCUAACCAGCCCCUCAUCAACCACUUCUACCACGUCUACUGCUUCUUCUACCACCUCCGGUGAGAAUGCAGAUAUUCCAGAGGGGAGGAGGCCCCCACCCCACCCCUCCCAUCACCCCCAGCCCCACUCCCAUAACCCCAAUCACCCCCAUCACCCUACCAAGCAGCAAUCAGCCGAUGCUGCACAGUUUUCCAUCAUCACACCGCAACCGAUGAGGCAGAGGAGUAGGACGUUAGGAGACACGCCCCUCACCCCGACCACGCCCACCUCACCAAGGGGGACCUUUCAGUUUGAAGGGGAUCAGUUCAAAGCCCUCAGAGCCCCCAAGCAGAAGCCACCCCUGAUCAGGGCAAUGAGUGUAGGUGGAAGAGCACAUCUUCUGAGCCCCCCUGGACAUAGCCCCCGUACCCCACUGAUGACCUCUAGUACCCGUACCUCAUGGCGUCAGGCAAUCUUCAACCGAGUUGUGACACCGAUGAGUGAGAGCAAGGCACCACCUCGUUUUCCAGACCAGAACGAGAGUGUAUUUGAGGAGGAAGAGGAAGACAAUCAGGAAAAGAAGGAAUCUAAAUCUAGUCCUGUCGUCAAGAGAUUCACCUCCAGACUAGCAGUGAGGGCGCUCUGGCAACGAGCCAUUAGGGAACAGAUUAUACUCAAUCGUAUGGAUAAAGAAAACAAAAGAAUACAAGCGCGUCAAGAUGCAGUGAUUGAGAAGAAGAUGAAGUUGGACUAUGAAGAAAUCACACCAUGUCUGGUUCAGGUCACAAAGCAAUGGGAUAAACUCAUUGCUAUACCUAACAGAGCAAACACCAUCAUACCUUAUGAUGAAAUCAAUACGUUAUUCAAAGAAGGUGUACCGAGGACGAGACGAGGUGAUAUUUGGAUGAUGUUAUCUGAACAGCAUCUAUUAAGAAUGGUCCCUGGAGCAUCUCAGAUACCGGAAUCUGAACCAUACACAGAGCUUCUAAAACAACUCACAACACACCAACAUGCUAUCCUCAUUGACUUGGGACGCACUUUCCCAAACCAUCCAUAUUUCUCCAAUGCUCUUGGGCGUGGUCAGCUGUCUCUCUUCAAUCUUCUGAAGGCCUAUUCACUCCUUGAUGCAGAGGUCGGUUACUGCCAAGGCCUCAGUUUUGUGGCUGGAAUUCUUCUCAUGCAUAUGGAAGAACAUGAUGCCUUUAAGAUGUUGACUUAUCUCAUGUUUAGCUGGGGUUUUAGAAGACAGUAUAAACCAGACAUGACAGCUCUACAGAUCCAGAUGUAUCAGCUUUCACGUCUCCUUCAUGACUUCUAUCAUCGUCUCCACAAUCACCUGGAGCAGAAUGAAGUAGCUCCAUCUCUUUAUGCAGCUCCUUGGUUCCUUACACUCUUUGCCUCUCAGUUCCCUCUUGGCUUUGUCUCAAAGGUCUUUGAUCUGAUCUUCCUUCAAGGGUUUGAGGUGAUCUUCAAGGUAGCUCUUGUCAUCCUUGGUAGCCAUGAAGAACUGAUCCUACAAUGUGAUGGCUUUGAAUCUAUCAUUGACUUCAUCAAGAAUCAAUUACCAUCCCUUGGUAUCAUUCAGAUGGAGAAAGUCAUUAACAAGGCUUACCACUUGGACAUUUCAAAGGAACUUCAUGCCUAUGAAGUCGAGUACCAUGUGAUCCAGGAGGAAAUGCUGCCCUCGCCUGUCCAACCAAAGUCUAUGCAGCGAGACAUCGAUCAGCUGGAAUUCAGUAAUCGUAACCUACGUCGUCAUAAUAACGAGCUGUUAGAACAACUGCAGUCUACACACAAUACAAUACAGAAUCAGAGAUCUCUACUGCAAACAAAACAGACAACAGAGGACAAUCUGCGAUUGGAAAUCCGCAACUUGAACCUGGAGAGGGCAGCUCUUCUUGACACCAUCGCUAAGUUACAGGCCCUUAUCCCAGACAAUAUCCUCAGCAACGCCAGUCUAGACCUAAUUCAACCAAAGAGAGAUUACAAGUGCUACGACAGUGAAUCCUCUCACCAGACCAUAGAGAGUGCCGCCGGGGGUGGAGACAAUCUGUCCAUCGACACCGACUCCAUUGAAGACAUCGAUGGGGAGGUCGCAGCCAUCAACAAAGUACUUGCUCUGAAGGAGGAGAGGUCUAGGAAUAAUAGCGGUGGAAGCAUUGGAAGCGGGCAGAGUGCGAGUACAAAUACAAGCGAGGCAGAUAUUCCAUGUAUUAUGAUCACAGACACUAAAUCAAUGUCGUCACUUUGAAAGUAAGCUGAUGAGGAAGGCUUUAGAACCAAAGAGAUUUCAAAGGUAUUAAUGAGAAGAGAUGAGGAUUAAAAGCAGUAGAUAGGGGACUGGAUGAAUCAUAGUUUGGAAGAUUUCUGUUUUAAUCAGAAGGAAGAAAAAGUGAAAAUGAAGGGUUGAGAAUGAUUCUUCAACCGUUCCUCUGUUAAACUUGAAUGAUUAGUAAAAGCAAGAAAGACUACCUCUGAUAAACUUUAUGAUGAUGAAAAUGAGGAAUUGAGCAAGGCAAUAGGACCAUACCUCUGUUAAACUUGAAUGACUGAAACAAAUCUAAAGAGAUUCAUGUAGGCUCUGUACAAAUAUAAUUCAACAUUGUACAGAUUAAAAGAGGAUGAAGGAUUAAAAUUUAUUGUUUGUUAAUGUAAUGUAAAUAAUAUAUUGAUUAAGCUAAAGCUUUAAAUAGAUUUAUUCUUGUGCUAUUACAAUCUAAGAUUGGCAUUAGUGUUUGUGUAAAUCAUUUUGUUUUGUAUUUUUCUGUUUGUUAAUAUGUGCAGGAAACGCCAUUCAAACACAUGCUCUUCCAUUUACUUGAAAGAAAGAUUUGAUCUGAAAUAAGAGAGCCUAGUUAGAAUAAUUUUUUUUUAAUCUGAUAUUUCUUGCUUAUGCCUACCUUGUGUGCAUUUGUGAUGAACCUUUUUGGUGAUCCACCAGCUCUUUGGGAAAUUGUUUUAUUUUCAUAAAGCUCUACUUGUAAAUAGCAUUUGUAUAGAUGUUCAUACUGUAUGUCUUCUAGAAGAAUAUUUUCUGUAUUUCAACUACUGUACUGGUACAGUUUGUUAAAAGUGAUGGCCUACAUGUAUAUUUGUGUGUGAUCAGUAAAAAUUAAGCUUUAGAAUAUAUCAUGUUAAAUAGUUAUAUCAAAAGAUUGAUCCCAAAGUUAAAUCUGUUAUCAAGGCACUGUACAAUUUUUUUGCAAUCAAUUGCUUAUUUGGAAUGAUGAUUCUGAUUGGUAGUUGGUCAUGCCUUUGAACAAAACGUGCAUGCCAGGAUGAUCUUGAUUGGUCACUAAUUUGCAAGUGAUUAUAAACCUUUGUGUUACAGGAAUAGAUGUUAAUAAAGUUUGUAAUUAAGUUUACAUGAAUAAAGCAAAUUUACUUCAAUAUUGGACACAUUUUACUUUAGAUAAAUGUACAAACCAUUCAUUUAAGCUGUAAUAGAAUUGUUGAUUGUAAGUGUACUUUUUUAUAAGAAGGUAAAUUAAUUAUGACAGAUGGGCAAUUCCAAGCAAAAGUGGACAUUUUCCAAAACUUCAUAUUUGCUCUAUUUCAAAUCUGGAUCAAAUUUUUCUAUCAAAACUCACAUGGGAUUUCAGAAAUACACAAGGGGAGCAUAAUUAGCCACAAUUUUUUUUCUUACGCAUCUCCUUAUAGGAGAAUCCAAACCAUACAAAAAAUUCUAUACAUGGGACUACAUAUAUUGUUUUUACUUAAUUUCAAUUUAACAGAAAACUAUUGCUUGUUUUGUAAAAUUUUCUUUUGGAUAAUCUGGAGGCCAUCAUUUUACAUCAUAUCAAAAGAAAAUUUUAAAAUAUAAGUCCAUUUUAAGUUGCCUGUGUGUGAAUAUUUCAGAUGUCACUCCGUAACCAGGUAUGGGCUUACGUUUUAAGUCGUGAUUAAUGAAAUAAUACUCCAAUUUUUUAAUGUAAUGCAGCAUAUUUAAGCUAGAACAACAUAGAAUCCAAUCAAUAACUCAACACUGUGAUAGCAAUUUAAAGUUCACAGAGUUUGAGCAAUAUGUUUUCUCCUCAAAUAUGCAUGUCCAUUUUACGUCACUCCGUAACCAUGUUUAUGAAUAUUCAUAUCUCAUUAAUUCAGUGGAUCAAAAUAACAAAUGUUAUUAUUUUGAAAAGUGGGUUUCAUCAACUACUGUCAGGUACCAUUUUCUUUGCAAAUAACUACUUCAGUAUGUGUGAUAUCUUUGUUUGAAUGCUAAAAACUUGCUUCUGAAUGUCACUCCGUAACCGUGGAACUGCCCAGAUGUUAAAAUUUUGCCUGUGUAUUCUUGCAAACAUUUUGUGGAUAUUAUUGAGGUUUGGAGAUAGUGCUCACAUUGUGUGAUAAUUAUGCUUAUCAUGAAUGGUGUUACCAUGAUAACAAAACCUUUAACAGUUUAGAAGAUAACAGAGCAAAGCUUGCAUGAGACAUGUUGACUUCUUUUAGAAUUCCAAAAUCCAGCAAUCAACAGAAUGAAAAAGUUGAAGACUUUAUUUCAUUGAAACUACAGGUUAAGACUUUACAUAUUUUUGUAGCUAUUAUACCCCAAAAUUGUUCUCCCUAAUAUUAUCCUAUGGACUCUUGUGCAGCACAAUAUUACAGUAAUUUCAAGAAAUUGAAGAAUAACUGCACAUAUAUGCUUUAGAAUUCAAGCAUCAUUGUGAAAUCAAUUUUAUUUGAUGACCUUGUAUACUUUCAUACAAUGGUAUGUACCAAAGUUUUUUUUUAAAAAUAAAUUCAAUUUGGUUUGUUUGUCUUCCUCAUCAUCUCUUCAUCUUUUAAUCCUCUCAUCUUUUCUGCCCCUUUUCAUUCUCUUUUCUUUUAUUUCUUUUUACUUUCUUCUCUUAAAUUUUCAUGUCUUUGUUUCUCUUCACUUUUUUUUUUAUUCUGUCUCUCAUAUGUUCCCUACCCACUAUUCUACUCUUCUUAAUUCUCUCCUCUCUUCUCCUUUUGCUAUUUCUUCUCUGCCCUUGUAUCCUUUUUCUGCUCCUUCUCUUCCUUGCCUCUAUCUUGUCAUUCAUUGGUUAUCUCUCUCUAUCUUCCCUCCUCUCAUUCUCUUCCAUUCUUUCAUUCAUCUCUUCUUUCUCGGUAUCUCCUUGCUACCAUGAGCUGCAUUGAUGUCUUCCUGUGAUUCCAUGACCUGUGCUUCUGUUCCCAUGGAAACCUGCCGGUCACAAACCUAAUAAAAAAACCAAAACCAAAAACUCAAAUCCCUGCAAUAUCAUUCUACAUCACAUUCUUAUCCUUAGCAUGUCCUUUAGGGGAUAUUAGUACAGAAACAAUGGCUGGAGUAGCAAAUGUCUCCUCACCAUCCUUGUGCUUCAGUCAUUUAGACUACUUUAUCUCUGAAGAUUUUUGGAAGUCUUUGUAUGUUGCAACCAUAUAAUAUUCUUUGUCUUAUGGUGACCUAGGAAUGAUAAAAGGAAUAUGGUAAAAUAAGCAAUAGAAGAACUCAGUAUAAACCAUAGUAUGAUAACAGUUAGACAUGUCCUUGGCAUUCCAGUGCUGAAUUUCUAUUAUCUAUUGCUCAUUGUUUGUUUCCUUUCAUAUGCUGUAUAAAGUAAUUGUAAGUCAUGAUAACAGUAAAAAUUAUCUAGAGAGGAAAAAAGAUGAGGAGACAAUAGUAGCAGAUUGUUAGUACACAAGAUUAAGAUGUUUUUACCCCUUUGGCCCAUGCUAAUAUUUGAUCUGUAUUAAAGGUGUUAUUUCAUGUGGAUUAAUGUAAAUGUGUAUGAAUACAUAUAAUGAUAGAUUUCAGGCAAAGAUGAGCUGAAUAAGUAUGCAUGUUACCUAUUAUUAAUCUACUUCCAUUAAAUUACAGUGUAAAGUAGAAACAUAUUCUAUUGUGUGAAUAGGAUGAUCCAUUGCUAAAUGGACAGCUUGUAAUGUAUACUCAAAGCAUUGUGAACAUCUAUAUUGCUUUCAUUGUAUUUUUACCAUUAUCACAUCUUAUCUUGUUUGUUUGGUAAAUGAUUCUUUCUAUUUUGUUUCUAUGAAGGGAUUUUCUUGACAAUACACGCUGGAGGCUAUGUGUGUGCAUUUAAAACAGUAAACAAACAUACAUGGUACUUUGAUAAUCACACGUAAAAUAUACCUGUCAUUGUGCUCUGCUAUUUUUUUUUAUAUAGAUUUUCUUAUUUCAUCAAUAUUUGUAGAAAGAAGUGCUUCGAAACUUGAAUGUUCAGUUUCAAUGCUUAACUUAUUCAAUUCUUGAUAAAAAAGUAUUGAGAUUGUUGUAUAGUAAAUGUCAUAAAUCAGCGCUACCUAAGAUCCAAGCAAAGAACAAUUUGCUAUACAGUGACACUUAUCUUUAUCAGUUUUGUUUCAUUAACAAAGAGUUUGUAUGUUUAUAUUGAAAUGUAUGUAUUGUUUGAAAGCCAAAAACAAUAUAGUUACUCAUUCAUUAAAAAAAAUGUUCUCCUAUACUAGUAUACUAUAAAUCUUGUGACUCUUUCUUGAAUUGAAAGGUUAGAUUUUCCCUACAUAUAUUAUUAUUAUCAUUACAUCUCAGUUUGUUUUGUUCCUGUGCAAUUAGAACAUUUUUUUUUUCUGUGAUCGAGUUUUUUAAAGAAAUUUUCACACUAUAUAUAUUUGCUUAUAUGAUAUAAUCACCAUGGAUAAUUGAUAUGUUUUGUGAAGGAAAUAUUGUGAUAAUGGUAACUUUUUUCUCUUUGUUAAUUACAUCCAAAUGGGACAAGAAAUUAUCUCAAUAUAGAUUCAAUUAUUAUGUUAACUGCAUUUCUUCAUUGAGGUUGAGAGUGCCUUUUUUCAUAUUAUUUUGUGCUAAAGUAUGACAUAAUUGAAUGAGAAUUACAUGUUUUUUUUUGCCAAUGUUGUUUAAUUUGGAACAUUCUCAUUCUUGUAAAGAUUGAUAUAGUUGUAUUAUUUAUGUAAUUGUGCUAAUACUGAUAUCUUAGCCAUUGUAUUUGAUCAUUAUUUGUGUGUAUUGUAUGUAUUUUCUCUGUAAUCAUAUCAUAUUUUAUUUUUAACCAAGUGAAAACCUGUUAAUGUCAAUAUGAAUGUAAUCCUAAACACUGAAAUUAUUGCUCUUAAUAUAAAAGUAUUUUUUGGUUUAUGCUAUUUAUCUUGAAAUGAAUAUGACUGCACAGUGAUCAAUUAUAAAUAAUGAGUUUACUUUGAAGAAACCGUUACAUGUACAUGAAAUAAGAAAAUGUAUAUAUUUUGAUCAUUGCCAAGUAAUGGUUGAAACAGAUUCAAGUUCUUCACUUUUGAUGACAUCACACAUGUUCAAUUAAAGUACUAAGAAUCUACCAAUAAAAUUUCUUGAAUGGUA